AUGGCGCCAAAAUCAAGUCGCAAGGGCAAGGGGUCGCAGAAGCUGCCUUUUAACGAUGAUGCGAUUCAGAAGCAUUUGGAGGUCAAAAGCCAAAGCCAGGAGGACCUUGCUGAGGCGGAAAGUGAAAUGGACAGGCCAACUUCCGAAUGUGACGACCAGGAUAUUCCCGAGGGAUUUUCGUCAACAGACGGUUUGCAUGAAGAGAUUAGGGGCGCCGCACCUGCCAGUGGCGACCUUGGCCGAAGGAUCCAAGGGGCUGCAGCUACCAUAGGUGGCGCAACAGGUAUGCUUUUGGGUGGCCCCGUGUCGGGCGCACUUCUUGGAGCAGCUGCUUUGUAUGCAUCCACACGAGAGGACAUGCCUGGCUCUGUGGCGAGGAAGGCGGGCUCUCUCUACUUGAAGGUUGCGGAUCGAGCCUGCGAUGAAGGGGUGCGUGUAAUGGACCGGGGUGUUGAAAAGGCAGGUGCCGCCCUUGAUCGAGGUUGUAAGAGGCUGUCUCAAUCCUCGUCGGUUCCAGCUCCCAUUCGUGCCGGCUUGCAGCAAAUGGCGGGCGACAAACGAGAAGCACCCAGUGUGGCACCAGAUGAAGCCCGAAAAAUCUUGGAGAAGCAUCCCGAUCGAAUCCCGAUUAUUUGUGAACGAUCUGCCUUUUCUACCUUGCCGCAAAUUUCAAAGAGCAAGUUCGCUGUACCUGGUGGGAUGCGUGCUGGCGAAUUCAAGUACUUGGUUCAGAAAGAGAUCAAAAGAGCAGUGCCUGAAGAAGCUGCAGGGCCGCAGCCGGAACAAACAAUCUAUAUCUUCAUCAACGGAGUGACCCCGCGAUGUAGCACGUCCAUGGCCGAACUGUAUGAGCAACAUCGUCGAGAAGAUGGUUUCCUCUGCGUCAAAUAUUGCGCCGAGCAAACAUUAGGCCUGAGAUGUUCCAAGGCCCUGUUUGCGGCGGUUGUACAGGCGGGAGAGAAGCUGGUAAGUGUAAUUGUGAAGCUGCCCCUCCUCAAGCAGAAGAAGGAGGAACUCCUCCAGUGGUGCUCGGCCCGUCGACUGGUCGGGAAGGGUGCCAUCAGCGAGUCUGGCGACCGCAUGCCAGAUUUGGUCGAGGCAGGCUUCUGCAGGAUGAGACGAGUUAUGCAAGAUACCCUCGACUGCACGGCUGCCAGCUCGAACGAGGUCUCGAGCCGGGAUCGUAUUGACAUCACUGAAGAGGACCGGUGUACGUGCUGUAUGCUUCUUACCCGAAAGCCUAGCUACUAG